UAAACAUGGCCCCGCUUCUUUCCCCAGGAUUUUUGUUUACAUACGUCCAUAAGUGCGCAUUGCACUGCGACGGCGUCACAACGUCAGAAGACAAAACGACUUCAUUGCCAAAGUUCCACUUGAGAAUUCUGCGCUUGCGAGGGCCACAAGCUCGUGGAUUUGAGGCUCCUCUGAGCUCUUCCCAUUUAGGUCCGUCAAACCAGCUGCCGGCGGCACUCCAGCCCCAGACAUGUACAGCUCCAGCUAUUCCCGGGCCAAGUUUGGCCUGGAGGCUCGGGAUCCCCCGCACAAGCCCAAAGGCAAGAGCUGCGGCUACUACAUGAGGAUCGUGUUCUUCUUCUCCUCGCUCAUCCAGUCCCUCAUCAUCGUCAGCCUGGUGCUCUUCCUCAUCUACGGGCAGCCGCAGAAGUCAGCCGAGGAGAUGAGAGUCAAGGAGCUGGAGCUGGGCUUUAACAAACUAAGCGACAACAACAUCCAGCUGAGGAAGGAGAAAGGCGAGCUGAGAGCUCAACUCGGGAUGCGCACGGCGGAGAGAGAUGCUCUGGAGAAACAGCUGGAGCAGCUCAGGGCUGCUUUCAACGCCACAAAGCUCGACCUCAUGCGUAAAUUAGCUGUUGAGAAGCAAACGGCGUUAACACGAAACGUGGGGGUGCGAUGUCCCCCUCCCCCCAUACAGCAGCCUGCUGUUGUUACUACUAGCAACGAGCUCAAAAACUUGCAGAACCUCAACGCGAGACAGAGGGCCAUGAUUGAGCUGAUCGAGACCAACUUCAGCCAGACGGUCCACUACCUGAGCACGGAGAGGGACGGCGCCCUCAAGCAAAGGGACGUCCACCACCGGGACGUCAUCGUUCUGCGCAAAGAAAACGACUUGCUGAAGGAGCAACUCACCACGUACACCAGGAAAUGUAAAGAGGACUUUGCUCACUCUCUGGAUGGGAUCCAAACGGUGACCAGGAAUUUUCUGAACAAAAUCAACAACCUGUUCCCCCACCAGAUGACCUUUCACCUCACCUGUGAGAGCCAGCAGGAGCAAAUGGAGAAGAUAAGAAACAGCUGCACCAACCUGUCCAGAGACGUGGAGAACAAGUUUCAAUUGUAUUUGGACAACGUGGGCAACAAGGUGGCGCAGAUUCAAGGCACGGCGAGCCGGCUGGAGGUGCAAAACUCGCACUUGAGCGCCGACCUGCGGUGGUGCGAACGCAACCGCAACGACAGCCUCGCCGAAGCCAGCAAGCAGCUGCAACUCAAGGAGAAGACCCACGACGAGGAGAUGGCCAAACGGCUGAUUGAGAAUAAGCAGCUAAGAGAAGACAAACAAUCGCUUGCAGAAAUUUUGGGCAGGAGGGAAAACGAGCUGCAGACCCUGAGGGCAUUGCCCAAUUGCAAGGUCGAGCCGUCUCCGCAGCAGCAGAACAGACAAACCGGAGUCAUCUCGCCUGCCGUGAGAGCGCAGCAAGUCCCAGGGAAACGGUCAUUUUUGCAACUUUCAUAUGUGUACAUGUUUUGAGAGAAGCAGAUGACUGUACAGAAAGGAAAAAAAAAAACCAAGCAUCCAGUUGUUGACUUUCUUGUGUUAUUACAUCAUUAAUAACGACAAUGAAUGUGCAAUUUUGUUUUCUCUUCCAGGUGAGAUGCAUCGCUCCAGUAAAAUAAUGUGUGGAAGCACUGGCGGCGUAAAAACAAAGAUAUUGUACAUCAAGACACAACAAACAACGGAUGUCACAUGUCUCACGAUUGAUUCACACUUUGAUUUGGAAUAAAUGUGUGCCAGGUUCAUGCAAAAACAGAAUACGACACACAGUGUAAAUAUCGCUUGUGGGUGCGACUUACUGCGUUUGUAAACUAUUAUUGUUUCUUUUUCAUUUCAAUAAAUUAAAUGAAGCAUCACAA